AAUUUUCAAGUUUGAGCUUGUUUGUGGUGACGACGCUAACGGUUUGCAAUGCUAAAAAACGUUUAUUGUGUUAUCAAUAAACAUAAAUUACAAACAAUAAAUAAUAACAGUGAAAAAGUUUAUAGUGUCUCAAAAUAAAAAUUAUUUUAUUACCAGGAACAUUUAAAGGCAUAAAAUAAAAUAAAAACUUACAAAUAUUAAUCAUGGUUCUUAAUAAGAACGACCUGGACCGGAAGUUCUCUCCAAAUAAGUCUAAAAAAAUAGGAAAACGCCGGUCGUUGGGCCGGGGACCUCCCAAGCCCAGCACCAGUGGUAGCACCUCCAAAGCAUUGAAAGGCGAUGAAGAGAAAACCAGCAUCAAAGUUAUAGUUCGUGUGCGACCGGCUAAUGAUCGGGAAGAUCAGGAUAAUUUUCGCACCGUCGUUAAAGUCAUCGACGACAAAAUGAUGAUUUUCGACCCCAAGGAAGAGGAAAAUCCCUUUUUCUACCGCGGCGUGGUUCAGAAAGGCCGCGACCUUCUUAAAAAGCAGAAUAAAGAGCUCCAGUUUAUUUUCGAUCAUGUUUUCGACAUAACUGCUACAAAUGAAGAAGUUUUCGAGGGAACUACGAAGGAGAUUAUCAAUGAUUUGCUAGAAGGUUAUAAUUGCUCUGUCUUUGCUUACGGAGCGACCGGAGCUGGGAAAACGCACACCAUGCUUGGCAAAGAUCACGAUCCGGGGAUAACUUAUCGAACCAUGGCGGAGUUAUUCAACCAGAUAGAGACUCAGAGCGAACAUCGGGAUUUUAAUCUGGGUGUUACUUAUUUAGAAAUCUACAACGAAAAUGUCCAAGACCUUUUGCACCGCAUAGGCCCUCUAGCCCUCCGCGAAGACGGCCGAGCAGGUGUAGUAGUCUCCGGUCUAAAAAUAAAAACAAUAAAAAACGCUGAAGAGCUGCUGUCUCUGCUGGCCCAGGGUAACAGAAACCGAACCCAACACCCGACAGACGCAAACGCUGAAUCCAGUCGAAGUCACGCGGUCUUCCAAGUCUACGUGAACAUCACCAACAAACUCGACGGCCAAGUAAAGCAAGUAAAGCUCUCCAUGAUCGACCUUGCAGGCAGCGAGCGAGCUUCCGCGACUGGUUGCAAAGGCGCGAGGUUCAAAGAAGGCGCGAACAUCAAUAAAUCGCUCCUCGCUCUCGGCAAUUGCAUCAACAAUCUCGCGGAAGGUAUCAAACACAUUCCCUACCGAGACAGCAAGCUAACUCGUUUAUUAAAAGACUCUCUUGGCGGAAAUUGCCGCACCGUGAUGAUCGCAAACAUCGGGCCCUCUAGUCUGAGCUACGAGGACACUUACAACACGCUCCGUUACGCCAAUCGCGCCAAAAAAAUAAAGACAUACAUGACCAAGAAUAUUAUAUCCUGCGAGAUGCACGUCACAGGUUACAAAAAUCUCGUCGAUGAGCAGAAGAAGGAAAUUGCGAUGCUUAAACAAAAAUUACUGAUGUUAGAAUCACGUCCACGUAUUAAUUCCCCAGAGAAGGACCACGAGGACAAUAAAAAAGACAUUAAAGAAUUUAAAGACCGGCUAAUUGCACUGAUGGAAAAUAAAUUACUGCUAAAUGAAAAAAUUCUUGCGCUUCAGAGCGCUGAUAAAAUUUUAUGCUGCAGAAUUCAGUUUAAAAUCUCAGCUGAUAAGCGGCUCCACAAGCUGACUAAUAAUCAGGAUUUAUUACCGCAUGAUCAAAACGCCAGUGGAAAGUCUAGAGUUAAUAAAUCUUUAGGACAUUUUAAGAGACAGCGAGAUAUUGUUAAGGCUCAGAUGGAAGAAGCUUGGACUGAAUUGAGGAAAGUUGAGAAGAGUAUCGCCGCUUUUGAUGAAGAAGCUCGCAGCAAAGGCUUGGCUGAUAAAUUAGCUGAGACUUACGCUCAGCAAAAGAGUCGCCUGGAGAACGCGAGGAACCAACAGCAAAUUGAGCACACUAAAAAAAUCAGCAGUCUUCAACAGUGCGAGUUAGAUUCUGUUGAUACUAUCACCAAAAUGAUGAGCAAUACUUUACAAAGUUAUUAUAGUAUGAUGCGAGGCUACGGAACGCUUACAGAAAAAAUGAAACUGGAAUUUAAACAGCUGAUUAAGUCGCUAGAGGGAGUUAGGAAUAUUAAGUGGGCUGAUGCGGAUUUAGGAACUUCUCAGGAUGCUUAUACGCUGAUUUGUCUGUCGACUGAUGAAUUAGCUGAUCCUUUGAGGAUGGAAAUGCCUAUUCAUUUGCCGAGUUAUAAUGAAGAAGAUGAUCUUCCGGCUACUCCACCUUGUUUGGAAUUGGCUGGGAGUGCUGAGGUUAAUAAGACUUUUGAAGGAACUCCGGAAGGGAUAGGUAAUUCUACUAUCACGCUAGACAGCGAGUCUCAAGGAUCGCAGGAUGAAGACGGGGAUGAGAAAAGCGGGAUUGAUGCAAGUCAGUUAAACAAUACGUUUAAUUUAGUUGAGAAUAAAGCUAAGAAACGUGUUUUAGUUGAUAAAGUAGCACCGAAAGUCCCGCUUAAACAAGCCAAGCGCCUUUCGCCGAAGAGUAGGUUAGGGGCGGGUGGAAGUGGACUUGUUGCGGGGAAGGAAAAUAAAGUGCAGGGGAGUCAGAAGCCUAUGAGUGUUAUGAGCGCCAAGAGUGUGGCUAUUCUCAAUAAAUUGAAGACUGAACGAGCUAAGUUAGGAAAUACUAGUGAGGUUAAUACUUCUAAUGACUCGACGUUUAAGCUUGUUAGGAGUAAAGAAAGGAGGGAGAUUAAAAAAAAUCAUCCGUAUAUAAAUGCUAAGUCUAAGAUUAAUUCAACUGCGCAAUCAUCUAGAGUCCCUUGGUGAAAUUGUUAUAAUUAAUUAAUUUAAGAAAGUAUAUUUUAUCACAAAGUAAAAUAUAGAAAAUCGUAAAAUUUUUAAUUGUUUGUUUUUUUUAUAAAUGUUUGUAAUGUAUUAAAUAUUUUCAUAUAUGAUAGGAUAGGAAAUUUUUUUAGUGACUAUUAACUACUGAAUACUCCAUUGAUAAUAACCAUUUGAUUUUUGUAAGCGACUAAUAGAAAUGAUAACGACAAAUAAAAAUGAUAAAUUUAAUUAAUAUAGAAG